AUGCAGAGGUUAACUAAGUUCGAAUCCAAGUCCUCAAGGGCGAAGGGUAUCGCCUUUCAUCCCAAGCGACCAUGGAUCCUUGUCUCUCUCCAUUCUUCAACCAUCCAGCUCUGGGAUUACCGAAUGGGAACCCUUAUCGACCGCUUCGAGGAACACGAUGGCCCCGUUCGAGGUGUCGAUUUCCAUAAAACUCAGCCGUUGUUCGUGUCCGGUGGUGAUGAUUACAAAAUCAAGGUGUGGAGUUAUCAAACGAGAAGGUGCUUGUUCACGUUGAAUGGACAUCUUGAUUACGUCCGUACUGUCUUUUUCCAUCACGAAUUGCCUUGGAUUGUCAGCAGUAGCGAUGAUCAGACUAUUAGAAUAUGGAACUGGCAAAACCGUAGUUUGAUUUGCACCAUGACCGGGCAUAAUCAUUAUACUAUGUGCGCCCAGUUUCACCCCAAGGAAGACUUAAUUGUCUCUGCAUCCCUUGAUCAGUCCGUUAGAGUUUGGGAUAUCUCGGGCCUUCGCAAGAAACAUUCGGCCCCAACCUCUAUGAGCUUCGAGGACCAGAUGUCUCGAAAUCAACAACAACAGGCCGAUAUGUUUGGUAAUACCGAUGCAGUGGUCAAGUUUGUUCUCGAAGGCCAUGAUAGGGGUGUUAACUGGGUCGCGUUUCACCCUACCUUGCCACUGAUUGUUAGUGCAGGCGACGAUAGACUCGUUAAAUUGUGGAGGAUGAGUGAUACAAAGGCGUGGGAGGUUGAUACAUGUAGAGGGCACUUUCAAAACGCCUCUGCUUGUCUUUUCCACCCUCACCAGGAUCUUAUACUUUCCGUCGGUGAAGACAAGACGAUUAGGGUUUGGGAUUUAAAUAAGAGGUCGUUGGUGCAGACUUUCAAACGCGAGAACGACAGAUAUUGGGUCAUAGCCGCCCACCCAGAAAUCAAUUUGUUUGCUGCAGGUCACGACAAUGGUGUUAUGGUUUUCAAACUCGAGCGUGAACGACCAGCUUACAACCUACACCAAAAUAACUUGUUUUUCAUUAACAAGGAGAAACACGUCCGAAGUUUUGAUUUUACCAAGAAUACCGAGAGUUUGUCAAUGGUGAGCUUGAAGAAGUUGGGUAGCCCGUGGAUUCCACCAAGGACGUUGAGUUAUAACCCUGCGGAACGUGCGGUUUUGGUUACAUCUGCUGCGGAUGGCGGUACCUACGAAUUGAUUCCUCUGCCCAAAGACUCGACUGGCGCCGUUGAGCCCACGGACUCAAAGCGUGGAACUGGAAACAGCGCUGUAUUCGUUGCUAGAAACAGGUUUGCGGUCUUUAGCAGCCAGAAUCAACAGAUCGAUAUCAAGGACCUCUCGAACAGCACAACGAAGACCAUUAAGCCUCCUGUUUCAAUCAACGACAUCUAUUUCGGUGGAACUGGUUGUUUGCUUCUAUGCGCAGCUUCUUCCGUCAUUUUAUACGAUAUUCAACAGAAGAAAACUUUGGCUGAGCUACCUGUCAGCGGCGUCAAGUAUGUUGUCUGGACUGCUGAUGGAACUCAAGCUGCACUCCUUAGCAAACAUAACAUCGUCAUCGUGAACAAGAACCUCGAGCAGCUGAGUUCUCUGCAUGAGACUAUCAGAAUCAAGAGCGCUGCUUGGGACGACUCCGGUGUUCUUCUUUAUUCCACCCUCAACCAUAUUAAAUACACACUUCCUAACGGCGAUAAUGGCAUCAUCAAAACCCUCGAUCAAACUGUUUAUCUCGUCAAAGUCAAAGGCAAAUCCGUUUAUUGCUUGGAUAGGGCUGCUAAACCCCGUCAGAUCCCCAUCGAUCCAACCGAAUAUCGCUUCAAACUCGCUUUGGUUAAGAGGAACUAUGAGGAAAUGCUCCAUAUUAUUCGAAACUCCAACCUUGUCGGCCAGGCUAUCAUUUCCUACCUCCAGAAGAAAGGGUACCCCGAAAUCGCUCUGCAGUUCGUCCAAGACCCAGCAACAAAGUUUGAACUAGCUCUUGAAUGUGGAAACCUCGAGGUCGCUGUUGAAAUGUGCAAGGAGCUCGAUAGACCACAGCUAUGGACAAGACUAGGAACCGAAGCUCUCAAUCAAGGCAACCAUCAGGUUGUGGAGAUGACAUACCAGAAGCUAAGGAACUUUGACAAGUUGAGUUUCUUGUACUUGAUCACCGGUGACAACGAGAAGCUUAAGCGUAUGGGCAAGAUUGCCGCACAUCGUGGAGACUAUAUGUCCCGUUUCCAAAACUCCCUGUACCUCGGUGAUGUGGCUGAGAGGAUAGAACUCUUCAAAGAGAUUGAUCUAUAUCCACUGGCAUAUGUCGCUGCCAAGGCUGCUGGCCUUCACGAUGAAGCUCAGGAGAUUCUCGAUGCCGCAGGGUUAACUGAAGAUGAAGUCAAGCUUCCUUCCUCUGGAGCUGCCCUUGCUCCUCUGCGUCCCGUCUCAGAAACCUACAAAGCGAACUGGCCUCUCAAGGCUACUUCUCUCUCGUUCUUCGAAAAGGCAAUUCUUGGCCAGCUUGAUGAUCUAAAGAUUGAAGACGAACCUACCCCAGCAACCAACGGAUUCGGAUUCGAAGAAGAGGAUGCCGAAGGUGACAAUAAGAGGCCUAAUGGUAAUCUCAUGGAAAUUGAUGAGGAAGAAGUCGACGCGGCUGGUUGGGACAUGGGAGACGAUGAUCUCAAUAUUGAGGACGCCCCAGAAAGCUUUGUCGAUGUCCAGAGCGGCGAUGCUAGUGGCACAGGCGCCUCGGAAGCCGACAGUUGGGUCCGGAAUAGUGGUAUCGCUGCCGACCAUGUCGCCGCUGGUUCGUUUGAGACAGCCAUGCAGCUUCUCAAUCGCCAAGUCGGCGCCGUUAAUUUUGCCCCUCUUAAGCCAAGAUUCAUGGAGAUUUAUCAAGCUAGUAGGACAUACCUGCCAGCUACUGAGGGCCUCGACCCGUUAGUUAACUACAUCAGGAGAAACCCCGAUAUUACUGAUGGAAGGAAGGUUCUGCCCUUCAUUCCAAAGGAUGUUGAGACGAUCCGCACUGGCGAUUUGCAGAAGGGUUACGCUUCAAUGAAGGCAAAUAACCUAGCUGAAGGUGUCAUUGCCUUCAAGAACGUUUUACACUCGAUUCUGGUCACCGCUGUUGCAAGCAAGGAGGAUGUUGAAGAUGCCAAGCAAAUGAUCCAAUCUGCGACAGAAUACAUUACAGGCAUGUCGAUAGAGUUGGAACGAAGAGAGCUACCGGAUACCCCUGAGAACAUCAAACGUAACCUCGAACUGGCCGCUUACUUCACCAAACCGCAGCUGGAGGGUACACACAGAACUCUAGCGCUAUUGGCUGCAAUGAAAGCGGCCUAUACCAAGAAGAACGUUCUUUUGGCUGGCCACUUCGCCAAUAAGGUUCUUGAAAUCGGAGGAUCAGGCAAGAUGCUUGAACAGGCUCGCAAGAUCAAAACUGCUAGCGAACGCAAUGCCAGUGAUGCCAUUGAAAUCGAGUACGACCAAUAUGCUGAAUUCGAUGUUUGCGCUGGAAGCCACACGCCCAUUUACUCCGGCUCGCCCCUGGAACAAUGUCCUUUCGACGGCAGCAAGUAUCAUAGUUCAUGGAAGGGUAAAGUUUGCGCUGUUUGUGAGGUUUGCCAGAUCGGUGCUCCGGCUAGUGGGCUGCGGCUUUUGGCCGGCUAG